GUUUCACGGCACGAAGAGAGAUCAGCCUCCCCCUGCACGAGAAACAGACUACUAGGGAUUUUAAAUCCCCAUGCGUGGAGUUCAACACUAUUAUCUCCAGUCGGUCAUUACUUGAUCAUUUACUUUUAACAUGUCCAAACGAUAGACGCUGUAGCACUCUUUGGAAAUUUCUUUUCCGAGGAUAUUUCUCUCAGUGUUCCCGGAGCCAUGGCGGUGGAAGGGCGGCCGGAGCUGGUCGGUAAACGGUUCCUGUGUGUGAGCGGCGAGGAGCCGCUGGGUCGCGGGGAGAUCUCACGCUGUGGCUGGCGAGCUGGGGUCAUUCGUGCUGUCACAAGCCGAGACAUCGACACUCCGGACUUUUCGGUGUGUGUGGAGUUUGACCACGAGGAGUGGGAGAAGCGCCAGUGGAUCCGGAUCUUCGAGGACUUCCAGAUCUUUCUGCUGGAGCAGGGUCUGGUGUGGGCCAGCCGGAGUGUGGGCGGCCUGCCCUGCCACGGGCCCAACGGCUCCAACGGCUCCAACGGCAAGCCCGUCCUCUGGCCAGCACUGAGUUUCCGGACACUGGUGGGACAGGCUUCAGUUGGGCCCGUUUCAGUGGUGGAGUUCUUUUCUGACAGACAGCUGGAGUUUCACCCCCGGGAUGUCAUACACCAGCCUUAUCAGGAUGAAGCCGACAUUCUGAGUCCUUUGCUGAGGGACAAUCCCUCUCUCCAGGAGGAGGUUAAAGCCUGGCUCAAACAACAGAAGGUCCAGGAGAUUUUCAUGCAAGGGAAGUACUCACUGAAUGGACUGCGAGUGAAAGUGUACAGGCAGGAUUCAGCCACACAGUGGUUCACUGGCAUCAUCACCCAACAUGACCAGCACAGCAGCACGAUGAUCGUCAUGAAUGACCAGGUGCUGGAGCCCCAGAACGUGGACCCGUCGCUGGUGCAGGUGAUGUUUAUAGACGACGUGGUGCACUCUCUCCUGGCCGGGGAGAACGUCACCGCCCGACGCCGCUCACGCUCCAACAAGACAAACCCCCCCACACACGGUCCUUUGCGAGGUCAGUCGGGCAGCCCGGGUCCCUUGGUGAGCCGGCCGCCGCUAAGCUCCUGCCCGCCCGUGCGCCUGGCCUCGGAACGCUGCGCGCCGCUCGAAGAGUACGGUGGUGAGGAAGAGGAGGAAGAGAGGAUGAAGGACGGCCGCAGAGGGUCACCUGACAUCGGGAGGCACGAACCUUCCAAGAGCAAAUGCAAGCCUGGCGUGAGCAAGAGGAGGAAAGGUGUGAAGGAGGAAGAGGAGGAGGACGGGGAGAGGAAGGAGGGAACCAAGCGGCAGCGAGGACCGGGCGGCUCGGACCCGUACGAGAGCAACAACACGGGCGUCUGCCCGCGACUCCCCGACUCCUCGCCUCCGUUUGACCAAACGCACAAGAGCCACUACGCAUCAAAGCCGCCGGCCAAGCGGGAGAAGUCCCAGAGUCCCGUCGGACCGGAGGGGUGGACGCAGAAGAAGCACCCCGCCCCGUGGGCCGCCGGCGAGGAGGCCGCCAGCCAAUCGGCGAACGGCAAGCGACAGGAGACGGACAAGUCCCGCCCCGCGCUGAGCCAGCCGGCCAAUCCCGGCGCUCGGUGCAACGGCGUCGCCACGGAGAGCGGCGCCGCGUCGGAGGAGGAGAAGAGGAGGGAUGGAGCGGAGGAGGCCGAACCCCGACACGACGGCGUGUCUCACUCCGAGGACUCCGAGGCCGUCUCCGCGCUGCUGGCCUGCCAGGAGAGCGAGCGGAUGGUCUCCAUGGAGACGUCGGCCUGCGUGGUGUUCAACGCGCUGCCGGGGGAGUGCGAGCUACCUGAGAGCGAGCCGGCCUCUGACCCUGAGGUCAAGAGUUCGGACUACGCCGCGGUAGACGCCCCGGCCCACGCGGGCGAAUCAGAUGCAGGCGCCAAGCAGCAGGAGGAUCCGACCGCUCGGCACCCCUCGCCCGCUGGCCAGGGCGUCGCCCCCGACGACGCCGGGGCGCCAGACAAGCCCCGGUCCCCCGGCGACACUAGAGCCGCCACCAAAGGCGAGCCGGGCCCCGACACGGCCCCCAGGCCCAAGAGCAGCCCGCGGCCCGGCAGCCCUCCUGACGACCUCCGACCCAAACCGGCCCCCGUCACCGACAAAACCCGGCCCAACCCCAGCACGUCCCCGGAGUCGGGCCGGCACCGGAACAAGCGCCCGGGCAGCUCGCCCAACGGCGCCGAGCACGGGCUGGCACAUUCUGGGUUUAAACCACAGCCCGGGCCUGGCAUCCCCACGCCGGCCCCCAACCAAACCCCAACCGCCUUCUCCAACAAGAGCCACAUGCCGGUGGCCUCCCUCACCAAAGCCCAUAUGCCAGUCCCAAUACACACAACAGCAGCCAGCACCAAGCUGCACACACACACCCACACCCACACCCACACCCACACACACACCCACACAGCUGUCACCCCUACAAAGGCACCAGCUGUAGCCUCCUCCACCAAGAACUCCACCCACGGCUCCAAUCGCAGCGUGGCGAGCUCCACCCCUGUGAAGGCCCACGUCUCCCCCGUCACCCCCACCAAAGGCCACCAGAGUCACCAGAGCCGCUCGUCGGUGCUCAGCCCGUCCCCGCACAAGAGCCCGGCCAAAGCCUCCACCCACGGCACCUCCACCAACGCCACGCCGACCAAGAGCCCGCUGAUCGUGGACCGCAACGAGCCCUUCACCGUGUACCGGGACCCGGCGCUGGUCGGGGACGACCCGGACGCGUCUCAGCCGCAGGGCAACGUGGCGUACAUCCACCCGUCGCCCCACGCCGGCCACGCCAAGCACGGCUCCCUGCCGGCCCCCCCGCGGGCCGCCCUCCACGCCGCGCAGCAGCAGCAGCAGCAGGCGUCCGGCAACCCCGCGCUGAGCGUGUCGCGGUCCGGUCACGGCGCCCAGCUCGGCGGGCACGGCGCCACGCACCUGAGCCCGCCGCCGCCCGGCCACUCGCACUCGCACUCGCGCCACCUCCUGCGCACGCCCUCGCCCUCCCCGCAGCCGUCCCUCUCCUCGCUGGGCGGGCACGUGCUCCCGGCGGCGCCGCCGCACCCGUCGCUGCCCCACCACCUGCUGCCCUCGCUCCUGCCCGCGCUGUCCCCGUCCGCCGCCCUGCUCGCUGGGCACGGACCCCUGGCCGCCCUGGGCCUCUCGCCUCACCAUCUCUCCCUGCCCCCGAGUGCCGCGCUGCUGGGCCAGACCCCCCUGGGCCUCUACCCCCUCCUGUGGCCCCACUACCCCAACGGAACGCACCCGGCGUACACGGCCCUGGGCCUCAGCGCAGGCAUGGCUGAGGGCAGCCUAAAGAGGAACACCCCCAGCCCUUGGCUGCCCCAAGCCUCUCUGGUGGAGAGCCAGGGCCUGAGGACCCCCGUGCCCGUGAGGCCGGCCAGCGCUGACCCCCUCCACGCGGUCAAGAGCAGCAACCCCCACGCCAGCCCGUCCAUCUCCAAAACCGCAGAGGAGGAGAGGAAGACGUUGACGGCGGACGCCUUGCGAGGCGGGGUCAACGCGCAGAUCAAAGCCGACCCGGACCGCGGCCGGAACAUGGCGGCGAAGAACGGGCAGAUGCACGCGGUCUUGCACGCGCACUCGCACGCCCACACCCACCGGCCCUUCCUGUCCGACGCGCUGCCGUGCCGGCCCAAAGCGUCGCGUCCGGCCGCCUUCGACCCGGCGGGCGAGCAGCGCUGCACCAGCCGCUACCAGGAGGAGAGCCGGCGCAUCCUGCAGGAGAGCAUCGAGGUGGCGCCCUUCACCGCCAAGCUGCAGCCGCCUCCGGGCCAGGACCGCGAGCCGCCGUACCCCCGAGCAGGGCCCCAGGAGCGCGAACGCGAGAGGGACCGCGAGCGAGAGCGCGAGAAGGAACGCGAGCGCGAGAGGGACCGAGAGAGAGAACGAGAGCGCGAGAGGGAGCGGGAGCGGGAGAGGGAGCUGCACGCGCUCCGAGCCCCUCAGGCUCAGCCGCCGGCGCCCAGCAACUACUACUCGUCCUUGUGCAGCAGCGUGGCUAACGAGCCCCCCAGACGCCCGCCGCAGCCUGCCGAGCUCGCCGCUCUCUACGAGCGCCCGGGCAGCAGCAGCAGUGGCAGCAGUAGCGUUAGCCUCAGCGUUAGCGGUAGCACCUUUAGCAUCUCCAGCCACCACUCGCCGCUCAAGGCCCCCCACAGCAAGCCCCCGCCUCUGGUGAAGCGCCACCCCGAGAAAGAGGAGGGUCUCCUGGGGAAGAUGAGCGAGCGCCUGGUGCAUCAGGCCUCCUCCGCCCUGGAGCAGCACUCCCAGAGGCUGGCGGAGCGAGGCGGCGUCUCCAUCUCGUCCUCCUCCUCCUCCGUCGCCUCCUUCUCCACGUCCUCCUCGUCGCUCCGCUCGAUGCCCUCGCUGCACCGGGCGCCCAUCUUCCACCCGCCGGCGCCGCCCAUGCCGGCCAGGAAGGAGGCGGGCGGCCAAGGACGGCUGACCCCGCCCACCCUGACUCCCGUGCAGCCCGUGUGCCUGCCGGGGGGGAAGUUUCCGGAACAGCAGCGGCCGCCCACCCUGCAGCCCGAGCUGAAGCGGCAGGCCAGCGCCGCGGCCGGGAAGCGAGCCUCGGACAUGGCAGCCAAGAACGUACACCAGACGUACCACCAACACCAACACCACCAACACCAUCAACACCAACAACAACAACACCACCAUCAACACCACCACCAACAUCAACACCAACACCAACACCAACACCAGCACCACGUCCCUGAGGUGUGGAGGAACCCACAGCACCUGGACAAGCCGGCCAACGGACACGGAGCGUCCAAGCAGCCGUCCGCCACGGCCUCGGUCAUCGUGCGGCCCUCCUCGGCGAAGGACUCGAGGGCGAACGACCGCCUGAUGAUGGCCCUGAAGCAGCAGCCCGAGCGCAGCCGAGCGACGUCCGGCGAGCACCGAGAGGUCGGCCGCGUGGGUCAGACCAACGCCGCGUCCAAGGAGGGCUGCGUGCAGUACAAGAGAGGCAUCCUGUGGACUCCUCUGGACAGCGUCCACUGCCCCCACACCACCCCGGCCAAAACAGACCACACCAUGUCUGCUGUUGCCAUAGAAACUGGAAGCAAGUCUUACGUCGUGUCCACUGCUGUUUCCAUGGCAACCGGUCAGCCUCCGAGAGACCGCACACCUGUGCCUUGGAGACCGGGACUGGCGGCCGAGGAAGACGGCCGAGGGACCUGCAGGGCCCACGCUGACUUCACUUCCUCUUCCCCCAUUUCCACUUCCUGUGCGGCCGCGCCCUGCCGCUCCGGCGGAGACUUCAUGCACCUGAAGAAGCAGCGGGCCGCCCUGGCCGCCGCCCAGUCCAGGAACAGCGGCCACGUGGCGACCCACGCCUCCCACGGCGUCCACUCCCACACCCACCCCGCCGCACAGGCCACGGGCACCGGGCCCCACAACGCCUUCAGCACCCACCCUCCGGAGAAGGACCCUGCCCUCGGAGCCAGCCCGCCCAAGCGUCCCAGGGCAGCGGGCACCAUACCAGAGGGGGCAUCCCAGAGUAGCAGCGGCAGCAGCAGCAGCAGCAGCCCGGGCGCCCUCAGCAACGGUCAGCCCCCGCCUCAGGCCAGCAGCAGCAGCCAGAUGGGCAACCCGGUCCAGAACAACUACCACAAGCUGAAGAAGGCCUGGCUCACCCGCCACUCGGAGGAGGACAGCAAGGGCACCGGCGGACCCGAGCCCACAGGGGGCGCCGACGUGGACGCGGCCAGCCCCGCCUCCAACUCCACCCAGCCAAUCAGGGGCCAGGACGACAGGAAGUCAGUCUCCGCCGAAGACAGGAAGCCGGGCCCGGAUGACAGGAAGUCCGUGCCAGAGGAGCGCAAAGCUGCCCAGGAGGACAGGAAACCGCCUCAGGAGGACAGGAAGUCCGGCAGCGGCGCGGACGAGUCGAAGGCCGGCGCUGAGGAGCUCAAGAGCACCGCCGGCGGCGAGAAGAGGGGGGAGAAGCGCGUGUUCGAGUCCAGCACGGAGAGCGACAGCGAGGCAGAGGGCGACUCGGGCGAUUCGGGCGACAACAAAGGAGGAGACGCCGGCGUGAAGCGCCAGCCCAAGCCCUCCUUCAAGAAGAAGCAGCCGGAACAGCAGAAGAAGAAAGGGGACGGCGAGAAGGAGGAGGACGAGGUCAAGCCCAACGGAGCCUUCCGGAGUGCCAAAGAGAAGACCAGACUUAGAAUGUCCAGCAGCAAUGGCAUCCCUCGCUCGGUGCUGAAGGACUGGCGCAAGGUGCGCAAGCUGAAGCAGAGCGGCGAGGCCUUCCUGCAGGACGACGCCUGCGCCGAGAUCGGCCCCAACGUGCAGAAGUGCCGCGAGUGCCGCGUGGACCGCAGCCGCAAGUCGGAGGAGCCCCACACCUCGCCCGUCUUCUGCCGCUUCUACUACUUCAGACGGCUGUCCUACAGUAAGAACGGAGUGGUGCGGGUGGACGGCUUCUCCGUCCCGGAGCUGUCGGACGAGGCCGCCGUCAGGGUCUGGACCACGGGGGUGAAGAACGGCAACGUGAAGAAGGAGGAGGAGGAGGAGGAGGAGGAGGAGCAGGAGCAGGAGGAGGUGGUGGCGGAGGAAGAGGAGCCCCACAUGGACCUGGAGACAGCCAAGCACAUCCUCAGCCACAUCGGAGACAAGUUCUGCCAGCUGGUCAAGACGGAGAACACGGCCGUCACGUGGAUCAAAAAAGACACUCAGAUGGUGUGGAAGCGUGCGGUGCGCGGCGUGCGGGAGAUGUGUGACGCGUGUGAGGCCACGCUGUUCAGCAUGCACUGGGCCUGCCACAAGUGUGGCUUUGUGGUGUGCAUGGACUGCUACAAGGCCAAAGAGCGCAAGAGCGCCAGAGAUAAGGAGCUGUACGCAUGGUUCAGGUGUGUGAAGAACCAGCCUCACGACUUGAAGAAUUUAAUGCCCACACAGAUAGUACCGUCAGAAAUCCUGGCGGAGCUGUUCACCUCCAUGCACUGCACCAGGGACAAGUGGGCCAUUGCAGCCGCCUGCUCCUGCACCGAGACACACAACACACACAACUCCAAACGGGCCCCCACCAACGGCGUCUCUUCGGUGCUGACCAGCGGCGCUCCGAAGGCCAAGAGCAAGCAGCCGGCCUGCAAGGCGGAGGCCCAGGACCGGAAGCCCAACGGGCCGCAGCGGCGCCGGGCCGAGCCCAACGGCGUGUGCGGCGGGGACAGCGACGGCGCGUCCUCCGAGGGCAAGCACACUCCUCCGCCGCCGCCCGAGUCCCAGUCGCCGCUCCACUUCCUGGCUGACCUGGCCGAGCAGAAGUCCCGCGAGGAGAAGAAAGGAGGGAGGGCACUGAAGCCAGAGGCGAGCGAGCUGCUGGAGUCUCUGAAUGGGAAGUGCGCCGACCAGGGCUCCACCCUCCGCGACCUCUUGACCUCCACCGCCGGCAAGCUGCGCCUGGGCUCCACGGACGCUGGCAUCGCCUUCGCACCGGUCUACAACAACUCUGAGCAGAUGACCAAGCCGGUGCACAGCAUGCCCAACCUCCUGGACGACAUCAUCGCCUCAGUGGUGGAGAAGAAGAUCCCGGCCUCCAAGAUGGUCAAGCUGGGCCUCAAACAGGAAGUGAUGCAAGACGAGCAGGGGAAGGCCAAGGGGGAGCAGCCAAUCAAGACGGAGGAGGAGGAGAAGCCGGUGGCGGAGCAGGACACAGCGCCGCCACACGAUUGGCUGGGAGGAGAUGACCACCAGCUGCUCUGGCUCAAAGAGCCCAGUCACCACGGCAACUACAGGCUGUUCAGGGAAUGCUGGAGACAAGAGAAGCCUGUGCUGGUAUCAGGUCUCCAUAAGCUGUUGACCCCUAGCCUGUGGAAGCCUGAGGCCUUUAGCAGGGAGUCCUCCGGUCACCAUGGCGACCUGCUAAACUGCAGGGAUGGCAGCGUGGCCAGUGGGCGGGUCAAAGAAUUCUGGGAAGGGUUUGAGGACAUGAGCAGGCGGCCUAAAACUGCAGAUGGGGAGUCGGCAGUGCAUCGGCUCAAAGACUGGCCAUCAGGCGAGGACUUGAUAACUGCCAUGCCUUCCAGAUAUGACGACGUGAUGAGAAACCUGCCGGUGCCCCAGUACUGUGACCCCGAGGGCUCGCUCAACCUGGCCUCUCGCCUGCCCACCUUCUUCGUGCGGCCCGACCUCGGGCCCAGACUCAGCUGCGCAUAUGGAGCCUUCACGACGCCAGAGCAGAGCUUCGGCACCGUGAACCUUCACGCCGAGGUCUCGGACACGGUCAGCGUGCUGGUGUACGUGGGCCUGGCGCGGGGCACCGGCGCGCCCUCUAAGACAGCUGUGCUGAAGCGUUUGGAGCGCGAGGAUCUGGAGGAGAGCGUGCGGAGGAGGCUGCGGGAGCCUACGGAGACGCCGGGAGCGCUGUGGCACGUCUACAUGAGCAAAGACCUCCACAGGGUGCAGGAGUUCCUACGCAAGGUGUGGCGCGAGGGCGGCGGUCAGAAGAGCGCGAGCGCGGUGGGCGCGGGCGGCGAGGCGGAGGGCGAGGCGGACGGGGAGGCGGAGCCGCUGCGCGAGGGCAGCUGCUACCUGAGUCCCGCGCUGCGCCAGCGGCUCCAGCAGGAGCAGGCCGUGCGCUGCCGCACCAUCGUCCAGUUCCACGGAGACGCCGUCCUCCUGCCCGCCGGGGCCAUGCACCAGGUGCUGAACCUACACAGCUGUGUCCAGGUGUCGACGGACUUCGUCUCGGCCGAGCACGCUCACAACUCCUACUACCUGACCCAGGAGCUGCGCACCUCGAAAGACCUGAUGAACUUUGAAGACAAACUACAGGUGAAGAACAUCCUUUACCACUCAGUGAAGGACGCCAUUGCUGCGCUGAAGAGAAGUUCUGAAGAGACCGACGCUAAGAGCACUCUGCCAGAGAAGAAGGAGAAGGAGGAGAAGAGAGAGGAGGAGAAGAAAGCAAAGGAGGAGAAGGAGGAGGAGGAGGAGAAGAAAGAGAAGGAGGCCUCCUGACGCUCCGUCCCAACUCGGACUCUCCUGCGGGAGGGGUGAGCCGGCAGCCAGCCUGGUGGCGAGCGAGCGUGCACGUGAGGGCGGGACUGUCGUCCGUGCACACGCACGCGCAGAGCAGGCUCUUCCGACAGGAAGCAGCGCGUCUCUCUGCUGCAGCAGCCGAGUCUGGUAUCCAGACAGGCAGCACGCAGAAGGGCCCCGCCAGACCCCAGCCAGACCUCAGCCAGACCCCAGCCAGAGCCGGACAACUCCAGCGCAUCUCUCUCUCUCUCUCCAGUGAUCUGACUGUCUAUAGAAAUGUACAGUAUGUAAAACAAGAAAACAUUAAAAAAAAUAUAUUUACUAUUUAUUUGGAGAGGGCAUCUUAGAAAUCUCUUCUAUGUGUUCUCGCAGUCGUGGGUUUGGAUUGUUUUUGCCUGACGGACAUGAGACAUCGGACAGUGAGACACUCACGGAGUCCGGUCCACCACAUGACAGACAGCUAUCGCUAAAUUGUUCUCUGCAUAAAGUCAUUAUAUUGAUGCUGAUGUUAAAUUAUUUAGUUUGCAGGACUUCACUGUGCAAUGGGAGAAAACUUCAAAAGAGGUUGUAAUUUAUUGAGGUUGAAUGUGUGUUUAAAAAAAAAUUAUAUGUGGUGACAUUUUGACAAAAAAAGUCAUGUAAAUAUGAAAGUAUAUAUAUAUGCAUACAUUGGAUAAUGUAUUUUUCUAUAACAUGCUUUGUUUUGGAUUUGUUUUAAAAUGUGUUUCUGUGCUUUGUACAUUUAAGUCAAAAAGCUGUUUUACAUUUUCCAUUAAAAAUGGAUUUAUCAA